CAUACAGAUGCAGCGUGUGUGUCCUGACAGCAGCAUGUGUGUGUAUGACAGUGUGUGUUGAGCAGGUGUUUUCGCGAGGCGUCAGAGAGGGAGGGACACACACACACACUCAUGAAGAGCAGCGGCACGGAGGCGGCGGGGAUAUUCGCGUUUUUCCUCCGGUUUCUGUUCUUCUUGUUCCUGAUCGCGGCGGCGGAGGGAACGCUGUCUCUGCGCGUGCUCGCGGUGCUGUGCCUGCUGCUGUUCUGCUGCAUACACCUGAUACACAACCGCUGAGAAGAAGAGUGUGUGUGUGUCAGUGUGUGUGAGAGAGUGAGUGUGUGUUCGCCCGCGGAGUGUGUCUGCUGGAGCUGAGCUCCUCCUGAGCGCCGCUUGUUCAUUGAUGAGUGUGUGUGUCCGCGCCGCUCCUCCAGAUGAGCAAACACACACGCCUGUUCCUGCUCUUCUACAACGGCACUAAUGCGGAGUGAAGCCGCUUCAGCAGAGGCCAGUGUGAACGGGGCGCCGGGGGCCAGCGCGCGCAGCACUGAUCGACACUCUGAAAACCAGGACGCUGAAAAUCAGCAGCUCCAGAGGACACACACACACACACACACUCAUACACACACACACUCGAGGACAGAGAGAGAGGCUGCAGACGGAUUAUCAGUGUUCACAGUAGGGUAUGACAGCGCUACAGCAUCAUGUGGUUUCUGAGAUGGAGGAGUGAGAUUUCGUCUGAAAACACACGAGGUCUCUCUCUCCUCCAUCAUCAUGUCUGUCUGCGUUCACCACUGCUCGGCUCCGCCCCCUCAGGAACAGCGGGCAUGGCUCUGUCCACAGACUCCACCCACUGCAGUCAGGCUCCGCCCCUCGCUUUGCCAGCUGAUGUGUGUGUGGCUGCUGCUUCUGCUGCUGCCGGCGGUGGGCCAAUCACGGCGCGAGCGUGGCGGAGGGGGCGUGGCCCACUUCCUCCCACCGGCAGCGCCGUACCCGCCGGUCUCCAAGCUGCUGCAGGGCCUGAGCAUCGCAGUGGUGCUGGUGGGGAACUCCAGUGAGGUGGUUAUGGCCGGAGCGCGGGAUAAGGAGGAGUUCGGGCAGGCGGCGCUAGUGCCCGGCGUGGAGAUGCUCACCAUGAACGAGACGGACCCCAAGAGCAUCAUCAAGAGCAUCUGCGACCUGAUGACGGAGCACUGGCUGCAGGGUGUGGUGUUCGGCGACGACACUGACCAGGAGGCCAUCGCCCAGAUCCUGGACUUCAUCUCUGCACAGACACACAUCCCCAUACUGGGCGUCAAGGGCGGAUCCUCCAUGAUCAUGGCUGCCAAGGAUGAUAACUCCAUGUUCUUUCAGUUCGGCCCCUCCAUCGAGCAGCAGGCAUCCGUCAUGCUCAACAUCAUGGAGGAGUACGACUGGUACAUCUUCUCCAUAGUCACCACAUACUACCCCGGAUACCAGGACUUUGUCACCAAGAUCCGCAGCACCAUCGAGAACAGUUUUGUGGGCUGGGAGCUGGAGGAGGUGCUGCUGCUGGACAUGUCUGUGGAUGAUGGAGACGCUAAGAUCCAGAACCUGCUGAAGAAGCUGCAGAGCCCCGUCAUCCUGCUCUACUCCACCAAAGAGGAGGCCAACAUCAUCUUCCAGGUGGCGCACUCCGUCGGCCUCACGGGGUACGGGUACACCUGGAUCGUGCCCUCACUGGUGGCCGGAGACGCAGAUCACAUCCCAGCUGAGUUUCCUACAGGCAUGAUCUCGGUGUCGUAUGAUGAGUGGGAUUAUGGGCUGGAGGCGCGUGUGCGUGACGGUGUGGCUGUGAUCGCCACGGCGACCUCCACCAUGAUGAUGGACCGCGGGCCACACACACUGCUGAAGUCUGAGUGCCACGGGGCCCCGGACAAGAAGAGCCCGAUGACGGGGAACAACAACGAGGUGCUCAGGUACCUGAUGAACGUGACGUUCGAGGGCCGCAAUCUGUCGUUCAGUGAGGACGGUUAUCAGAUGCACCCCAAGCUGGUGAUCAUCCUGCUGGACAAGGAGCGGCAGUGGGACAGAGUGGGUAAGUGGGAGAACGGCUCUCUCUCCAUGAAGUAUCACGUGUGGCCACGGUUCGAGCUGUACUCGGGGCCGGAGGCUCGUGAGGAUGAUCAUCUGUCCAUCGUGACGCUGGAGGAGGCGCCGUUCGUCAUCGUGGAGGACGUGGACCCGCUGAGCGGAACCUGCAUGAGGAACACCGUACCCUGCCGGAAACAGCUCAAAGCCAUCAAUCAGACGCAGGACUCCGCCGUCUACAUCAAGCGCUGCUGUAAAGGCUUCUGCAUCGACAUCCUCAAGAAGAUCGCCAAGAACGUCAAGUUCACCUACGACCUUUACCUGGUGACCAACGGCAAACACGGCAAGAAGAUCAACGGCACCUGGAACGGCAUGGUGGGAGAGGUGGUGCUGAAGAACGCUCAUAUGGCCGUGGGCUCUCUGACCAUAAACGAGGAGCGCUCAGAGGUCAUCGACUUCUCUGUUCCCUUCAUCGAGACCGGCAUCAGUGUGAUGGUGUCCAGGAGCAACGGCACUGUCUCCCCAUCAGCAUUCCUGGAGCCCUUCAGCGCAGACGUCUGGAUCAUGAUGUUCGUGAUGCUGCUGCUGGUCUCCGCCAUCGCCGUCUUCAUCUUCGAGUACUUCAGUCCUGUGGGCUACAACCGCUGUCUGGCUGACGGCAGAGAGGCCGGCGGGCCCUCCUUCACCAUCGGGAAGGCCAUCUGGCUGCUGUGGGGUCUGGUCUUUAAUAACUCUGUGCCGGUGCAGAAUCCAAGAGGAACCACCAGCAAGAUCAUGGUCUCGGUCUGGGCCUUCUUCGCUGUGAUCUUCCUGGCCAGCUACACUGCUAACCUGGCUGCGUUCAUGAUCCAGGAGGAGUACGUGGACCAGGUGUCCGGCCUCAGCGACAAGAAGUUUCAGAAUCCCAAUGAUUUCUCUCCCCCGUUUCGCUUCGGGACGGUCCCGAACGGCAGCACCGAGAGGAACAUCCGCAAUAACUACAGAGACAUGCACUCCUACAUGGUGAAGUUCCACCAGCGCAACGUGGUCGAAGCCCUGGAGAGCCUGAAGACAGGAAAGCUGGACGCAUUCAUCUACGACGCGGCGGUGCUGAACUACAUGGCAGGCCGAGACGAGGGCUGCAAACUGGUGACCAUCGGCUCCGGGAAGGUGUUCGCCUCCACCGGAUACGGCAUCGCCAUCCAGAAGGACUCGGGCUGGAAGAGACAGGUGGACCUGGCCAUCCUGCAGCUAUUCGGAGACGGUGAGAUGGAGGAGUUGGAGGCUCUCUGGCUGACGGGGAUCUGCCAUCAUGAGAAGAACGAGGUGAUGAGCAGUCAGCUGGACGUGGACAAUAUGGCGGGUGUGUUCUACAUGCUGGGCGCCGCCAUGGCUCUGUCCCUCAUCACCUUCAUCGCAGAGCACGUCUUUUACUGGCACAUGCGCUUCUGCUUCAUGGGAGUGUGUUCGGGGAAACCAGGCUUCACCUUCACCAUCAGCAGGGAGAUUUAUAGCUGUAUUCAUGGAGUUGAAAUUGAAGACAAGAGUUCUGCGCUGAAUUCUCCCUCCGCCACCAUGAACAACACACACUCCAACAUCCUGCGUCUGCUGCGCACCGCCAAGAACAUGGCGUCUCUGUCCGGGGUCAAUGGCUCUCCGCACAGCGCCCUGGACUUCAUCCGCAGAGAGUCUUCAGUGUAUGACAUUAGUGAGCACCGCCGCAGCCUAGCUGGACACUCGGACUGCAAAGCACCAUACCUGCCUGACGAGAACAUGUUCAGCGACUACAUCAGUGAGGUGGAGCGCACCUUCGGGAACCUGCACCUGAAGGACAGCAACCUGUACCAAGACCACUACCUGCACCACCAUGGUGGCUCUGCCCUGGGAUUAGCGGGCCCCCCGCCCAACCGGCCCCUCAGCCUGGGCUCCAGCAGCUCUCUGGAGGGUGGCAUGUUUGACUGUGAGAGCCUAGGUGGUGGCGUGGCCCCCAUAUUCACCACGCAGCCACGCUCAGCCCUGACCCAUAGGAACAUGAGCAAAUUCGACCUGCUGCAGAGCCAGACUCCUCCAUCGGGGCCGGGCCUGAAACAGGGGCUGGCCGACCUGUAUGGGAAGUUCUCAUUUAAAGGUGGAGCGUCCAGUUCAGGGUAUAUUGCAGGGCAUGACCGGUACUGCGGCGGAGCCGAUGAUGGAAACAUUCGCUCGGAUGUGUCCGAUAUUUCCACUCACACCGUCACCUACGGCAAUCUAGAGGGCAAUGCUAAAAAACGAAAGCAGUACAGAGACAGCUUGAAGAAGAGGCCCGCAUCUGCAAAGUCCCGACGUGAACUUGAUGAGAUCGAGAUGGGUUACCACCGCCGUCGCCAGCACCACCACCAUCACCACCAUGGUCAUCGCUCCACCUCGCCUCCAUCUGAGCGCAAACGCGGUGGUGUCAGCUCCACCUCAUACCUGCUACAGGACAAGGAGAGUCUGAAGGAUUUCUACUUGGACCAGUUCCGGCCCAAAGAAGGUGUCCCACAGUGGGAGCAUGUGGAUCUUACAGACGGGCCGGGCGGCGGAGGCGGAGGAAACUGCACCAGCCUGGUGUCUGUGGACGAGUUCCUGAAGAGCAAACCCAAGAAGCUGGACAGCCGGAGCGCCAGCGGUAGCGGUGAGUGGGAGUGCCGGAGCUGUCGGGCCAGCAGUGCGGGCAGCAAACUCACAGCCCUGCAUGGGGGCGCCAUCCUACACACGGGCAGCACAGCCUACGGCGGCGGCUGUGGGGCAUCAGGAGGGGUGGGCAGCAGCCGGCCCAGCUCUGCCACCUGCAUGCGCUGCGACGCCUGCAAGAAGUCAGGCAACCUGUAUGACAUCAGCGAGGACAGUAAUCAUCUGCUGGAGCAGCUAAGCAGCAGCCGGGGACAGACGCCAGCUCAGCGCCGCCGGGCAUUCAGUGGAAAACCGCUGCGCCGCCAACAUUCCUAUGACACCUUUGUGGACCUGCAGAGGGAAGAGUUAGGCGGGAUCGGUGUCCCGCUGGGUUUUGGUGGGCCAGCAGCGCUGCCUCCGCCACGCAGCGUCAGUCUCAAAGAACGGGAGCGCUGCAUGGAUGCCUCCAGCCCCUUCGCACACAUAUUCGAGCAUCCGGCGGGUCCCGAGCAUGACACAGAGCAGGACCCACUGUUCUACGGGAAGGGCUCAGGGUUCGGGUUGUUCCGAGCGGGAGAGAGCACACCCCACCGCCGCUCCUUUGGGGACAGGGACCCACGAGAACGGGGACUCAUGGAGGGGCCCGCACACUCCCUAUCCAAAUCCCUCUACCCCGACCGCACCAACCACAACCCCUUCAUCCCCACCUUUGGAGAUGACCAGUGUCUGCUGCACGGAGCCAAGUCCUACUAUGUGAACACGCCACAGCACAGCGGCCCCGCAGGAGUCAUGUCCAGCCUGGCGCCGCACUUUCCCGCGGAGCUGUGCAUGGGAACCACCACACCAGCAAGCUCAGCCUCGGCCCCGCGGCCCUUCAACGGCAGCAACGGACACGUGUACGAGAAACUGUCCAGCAUCGAGUCUGACGUGUGAGAAUCAGAGAAAGAAGGAGCAUUCUGUUUGCUCUCCAGAUUUUAGCAGAACACGCAGAACUUGAGAGAAUUGAAAUGUCAUUUCCUGUGAAGUUCAUGUUUACACCAGUGUCUUCAUCUCGGCGAGCUGGUGGGAACAAGAGCAGGUCCAUCUGCCGAGCGCAAGAACAGCAGAGCAGAUGGCCACUUCACCUCCAUCCUACACUCCUCUGUGAAGAUACAAUCACGAACACCUAAUUAAUGCUUUCUGUUAAACAGGGUAAUAACUGUACCUCAGAGACUGACUGCCGAUCUGAUCUGAUCUGAUCUGAGACGGGUUUGCUCUGCUCUAGAGGCCUUCGCUGAGAUGUGAAUGUGAUGAUCAAUCCAGUCUCCGCAUCAGCCUAACGUUUCCAUGGCAACAGCCUCUCCCAUGCUCUUUACUGCCAUGAAACACGCGUGCAUUAGUGAAAGUGCACAAGCCUCUGCUGAGUUUUAUGGCUUCAUUUAUAUUCAAGUCUCCACUGCCGUGAUGUUUCAUAUAUAUCCCACAGAACAGCUGGUGUCACGUGACUCUGUGAAGGCUGAGAGUUCGGCGUUGGGGUUUGUAAAUACACUUCUCUUUAUAUAAGCUGACAAGGUCGACCUUUAAUAUAGCUUUUUCAACUACUACAAAUAACCAAAAUAAAGACGAAAACAGAACAAAAUAACAAAAACAUAUGCAAAUUUAGCCAGCGUUAUGAUUCAUAAGUGAUAUUUUAAGCGCUAGUUUGCUUUUAAACUCAUGUUAACCACUUAAUUCUGAUAGUUUACCGCCUCCUAAGCCGCCGCUUGACCUUUAUUCGUAUGAGCAGAGCUGCGCCGCCCCCUGCUGGACAUGUUUAGUUUAAUCUCGAUUAGUUUGCUAAGUUUCUCUGGUUUAUUGGUCUGGUCGUCUUCUAGGAGGUUUCCAGACUCGUUUACUUAGCUACGCUAGCGAGGACACACCGAAUGUUUCUAUAUUUAAAGCUAAUCCUUUAAGAGAUCGACCCUACAACCGAGACGCAUUCACGACACGUGCGUCUGUAUGUUUACAAAUGAAGGUUUCAACAAACAAGCGAGUCCUCGAAGUGUAGCUAAGUAAACACACAUGCGCACACAGUCGGAGUGUGUGCUCCGAUCAGGGCUUUUUAACCCUUUCUAAGGACUGACUGACUUUGUAACGCUAAUUAGUGAGUUGAUAUAGUGUGCUGUUUUUACUGGUGAAGCUGUCGUGAGGUGCGUCCUCGCUCUAGGUCUACCGUUCAUCUCCUCUCGUCUCGAUGUUCCUACAGUUAGAGCGACUCCGACCACGUCCUUUUCUGUUCACACCAUUACUAUUAUUAUUAUUAUUGCUACUAUUAUUACUACUACGAUUAUUAUUAUCAUCAAGGUGUUUAGGGUGUGUUCUUCUCGUACGUUGAAGCUAACGGUGCUAAUGUUACCGUCGUAGCGCGCAGUAAUCUAUGUUUGAGUUUUUCCUGAAAUCCUAUACACUUUAGAUCCACACACACACACUUCCUUACGAACGCCAUGCUUCUAGCUUGAGCUCUAUAUGCUUGAAAAGCACAUUUCUUGUGUUGAUAGAGGAUUACGCCUAUUCCGCAUAGCUGUAGUUAUGAUUUUCUAGCGUACUCACUCAGUAUAUAAGCGAUCUUAAUGUUCUGUUGACUACUAUAUUCUCAUGACUCUUAGGUAAGUAUAGUCGCUGGAGGUAUUCUACAGGUAAGAGACGCCCUGUUGUUGUUGUCGUCCACAUGGGUUCCGACGCCAUCCGUCCUCGUUUCCUCCACAGAAUCAGUGAAUGUGUGCUUCAUGAGGGCUGAUAAAAGCGUGAGUGAGUGUGUGUGUGUGCGUGUGUGUGUGUGUGUGUGUGCGAGACAGUGACUUCUAUGUUAAUUACUCUUGUUGCUAUGGCACUGCCAUGGUGUUACGAUGCUGUUCCCAUGGCGACUGCAGUGCGAGAGGAUGCGGGCUGAAUGAGUGAAUUGUUUCACUAUGGAAUAAGAACUACAUCCCCACUUUGAUAUGUCGCCAGAAUUUAUACGUCAUUUACAUCUCUGAAGCGAUUCUACAUGUACAGAUUGUGUAUAUAUAAUAACGAGAGAAUUCCUCCUUUUGUAUGACAAUACGAACACAAACCUCUAUGAGACUUUAAUAGUGAGAGAGUGUUUUGAUGAUGAUGAUGAUGAUGAUGAUGGAUCAGAAUUCUUUCACAUGCUGAAU